GUGUUUUUCUGCUAUUGCCGGAGAGCAAAGAGUUUAGCGAUGGCUACCUCCUCGGUGCGGUGGCUCAAGAGAUUGUGCCUUUUUGUGUUGAUAUGCCCCCUGUGUGUACCGGCCUUCUUGAAUUUGGAAGAGCUAAACGAAAUGAAAUAUGGGAUUCAAAUUCUUCCUGACCCCGUCAUCUUAGGGCAGACUAAGACAGAGGAGGUCAUGAUGGUGUCCAACAAGUACAAGCAGCUGUAUGAGUGUCGACUUCCAGCUCAGGCAGUCAGGUUUCACCACGAUCCAGCUUCUGAACCCGACUCAGAGGGCUACACUGGACCAGACAUCCCAGACCUGCUCAAACCAAUGCACGAAGCCCCAUGCCUGGUUAAGACGAAGGACUGGUGGACUUACGAGUUUUGUCAUGGGCAGCAUAUUAGGCAGUAUCACCUAGAAGAAUCAGAAAUUAAAGGAGAUAUCCUUUUUUUGGGCUAUUUUGAGUCGGAGUUUGAUUGGAACAAUGAAACAGCAAAGGCCUCCAAACAGCACAAACUGAAACGGUACCACAGCCAGACAUAUGUAAAUGGCUCCAAGUGUGACCUAAAUGGAAAUCCAAGAGAGACUGAAGUCCGGUUCGUGUGUGAAGAAGGCUCGAGUGACUACAUCGCUCGGGUCGAUGAACCUCAGUCAUGUCGUUAUGUGCUGACGAUUCACACCAGUCGCACCUGCCAGCAUCCCUUCCUGCAGCCCCCCUCCACUGCCAAGCCACAGGGGAUUGUGUGCCAGCCGGCAUUAAGUGCCCAACAGUACAUGGAUUACGUCAAGGCUCAAGUUUCGGACACGAAACGUAAAGUAGAGCAGAUCUCCGAGGAGCUGAAGAGCCUCGAUGAGAUGUUAGCUGGUAAUGAAGAGACAGAUGGAGCAGUGGAAGUAACCCCAGAGGAAACCUCAUCUCCACCCAGCACUGAUCCCAACCCUUCAGAUGAAAAAGAAACAGCAGAGAUACUGAUAAACGCAGCUUCAGAAGAGACGGAGGAUUCUGACUUCUGGGAGGGAGUAACGAGGCCAGGGAAUUCAAAAGCCUCUCAACACGACAAUGAGGUAACAGAUGGAGACUAUAACUCACCAGCAGACAAUGAUGGCGAUGAAGUAGAAAGAUUCAACUUUAAAAUCAUCACAGACCCGGCAGAUUUGAUGAAAUUCGUCGAACAUCUAAAGGAAAGCAACAGAAAGAAAGCACAAAACGAGGCUAAAAGUAGAGACGAGAAAGCAACGAGCGACACGCAAACAGAGAAGCUCAGAGGAGAUGAAAAAGACGAAGACGAGCAGCUGAUGGAGGAGUUUGAAGACGAGGUGGCUGACUUCUCUGUGCCUUCUGAGAAGAUUGAAGAGAUAAAGGAGGAAAUGCAGAAGGAGUUUGACAACAUCAUAGACGAGGCCCAGCAGGAAUUGGAAACAGAAGGCCUGAAAGGAGAGUUUGAUCGAACUCAGGCAACACAAACACUGGAGACAACACUGGAUAAGCUGCUCGAUCACCUCGAGGAGAAAGAUGCUCAAGACCCACAACAGCAAACGACCCAAAGAGGCAGGGACCCGACCAGAGGAAGCCCCAGUCUGGCUCCCAAGCAACCAGAACAAGCAGCUGACGACCACGUUAAGAUCAAAAUUACUAAGUAUAAGACGGGCAGCAGCCCUGAUGGGGAGGUCAGAGUUCAGGAGAUGGGCGAAGGAGACCCCCAGUGGCAGCACAUAAAGGACGUGGUUAAAGAACAGCUAGAGAAGGCAGGACUAAAGGCCGAAGGUAAAAUUGAGGUGAAGAUCUUGACACGAAAGAAUGCAGAGGAGGCAGGUGACCAGUGGCUGACUGAGGAAGAUACAAAGUCCUUUAGGGAGCUGCUCAUAAAUCUUCUGACCGGAGGCACUGAGGAGGUUUACAAGGAGCAAAAGAGGCAGCAGGAGUUGGAGAACAACUAUAGGUUUGUGUGGGGAGAAAACCAGGAGGAUAACCAGUCAUCCAGCACGACUGACUCAGACGAUGUGGACAUUUGAGCUGGUACAACCCUCUCUGUACCUCUGCUGCGAUCGUGAACUCCUGUGGAAACCAGCGGGGAGAAGGACUAUGAGAUGUUGUGACAGUUUUGUUCAGGAGCCCCCUUGAGUUCUGUUAAUGCAGUUGAACUUGGUGAGCUCUGCUGUUUGCACAUUCAAAGCAUUACUUAACUGGUCAUGAAAAGGCAAUAAUGUUGGCGUCUUCGAUGGACAACCUGUUGCAUAAUGAAACCACAGUGAGUCAGCUGGAGAUGUGCUGUUGAAUGAAGUAACUUUAAAGUCCUUAAGUGACUCAGAAGGUGAAUUUUGUAAUGAAAAGCACUGUUGUGUGUGCAAAAAGGAAAAAAAAAAAAAAAAGAAUAAAUGCUCAAAUCUCCACAUUCCAGUUCUUACUGGCUUUUGAAGCUGAUGUUUUGUGAAAUUUUCCAUGCAAACACAACUAUAGAUUUAACAGUUAUUUGUGCAGUGAUGCACUGUUAUAAGAUCCUGUAAAGUCACAACAUCAUGUUUAGUUUUAAGAUGUUUUGUUCGUUAAUUUGAAAACUGCAAGGAAAUCCCAAAGUAUGUGUUUUACUUUAGACAAAACACCCUUUAAUUUACCUUACUGUAAUAAAAAUAAAGCUGUAAUGUUAAUAUUAUUGAGCGUACCAAAUUAAUGACUACUCACAAACCCCCUCAGAUGUGUAUUUAAAGGGCUGCAUCUGUACAGUUUGUGAAUAAGUUGGCCUUUUGGAGCUCAGUGUGUACAUAAUUAUUGUGUCAAUAUAUUUUGAAUUUGUUUUUGUUGUGUAUCAACAUAGCUUAAGUGGGGAUUAAUUAAAUAUGUUUGAAAAAAAUCUGAGUAAUUAAGCAAAGUCUAUCUGGCUUUGUCGUGCAAUAUACCGCACAAUGAAAACAUUCACACAAUGCGGGUGUUUCUUUUCUUAGUCAUCUGAACAAGCAAAGAAUUUCACUUCCAACAGCUUGUGUCUGGCAUACGAUAAAUCAAGACUAUGGAGUUCACUGAUUACGUUUAAUGUGUUUGUGUACUACAGAGCUCAAUUUCUUUGAUUACAUUAAUUAAAACAGAGAGAAAUUUA